GGCUCGUGAACACGUAACACGUCACAUCUCGAGAGCAUUUAUAUUGAAGCGAGAUAUCCUGCGCCGCAGACAACUUGAUAUCGUAAAGUGCAUUGUUCGUGACCGUGCUGUUAGUAAAUUUGUUCUCCAACUACGUAAUUCUACUUCAUUGUAAACUAAGGACAGCGCUAUCAUUAAUUAAAAAUGGCAUCUGGGAAGGCUAAUAAAAAAGCUGCAGCAAUAGCUAUUGACCUGCCGGAAUGCCCGGUUUGUAUCGAGACGAUGUGCGCCCCAAUCUACCAAUGUCAAUCGGGACACAGCCUCUGUAACAACUGCACGCAGAACCUGCUGCCGCCUGUAUGCCCAAUAUGCCGUCAAAAUAUGACGCAGAUGAGGAACUGGCAGCUCGAGGAAAUUAUUGCCAAGGCAAAAGUGCCGUGUCCCAAUAAAUUAUCUGGAUGCACGUACACCAUGAUGGCAGUGGAUUUGGAAGACCAUCUCAAAGAAUGCAUCUUUCGCGAAAUGCAUUGCCCACUCGGCGCUGUCUUCGGAAAGUGUUCCUGGACAGGUAAAUUAAAGGACAUGAUGGAACACUUCAAGGAUCGUCAUGCAGAGAACUGCGGCGUCACCACUGAUGAGGAAGUGGAACUUACUAACGUCGAUAUCAAGAACGAUGAUCGUCACUUGUUCUUGGUAGCACAAGCCAAGUUUAUUUUUAUCGUCACCGUGAAAAUGGAUACUCUCCAAAACAUGGUCUACUGGACUAUUCAGCAUAUUGGCAAUAAAAAAGUGGCAUACGAUCAUAUCUAUGAGAUUCAUGUGCUGAGCAAGCAGGCUCCAAGAAGGAAAGUCGUGUUCACUGAACAUUGCUUCAAUGAUGCUAUUAAGCCUGAAGAAAUAUUUCGUGAAGGCAAAUGCCCCAUGAUGCCACUGGAAGUAUUGAUUAACUACAUCAAAGACAAGAAGUUGUCGUUUAGAUUCUUUAUCAAAAGAAUCCCACCAGCGGUACCCAAAAAUAACAAUGAUAAGGGCAACGGCAAAAAUGAUAACAAACCUAACCCUGGACCGGGACCUAAAGGCCCGGGGCCGAAAGGACCCAAAAACUCAGACGCGAAAAAUAAGCAAAAUGGACCGGGUCCUGCCGGAAAGAACCAGAAAUGUAAAGCUUAAUAUUAUCGUGAGUGACUGUUCCACGUUUUCAAUGUACUCGAAAUCUGGAACCACAUUUACUAAGAUAGAUUUAUGUAACUAGGUCGACUCGUUAUAAUGAGGAGGUUUAGAUUGGAGGCCAAUUCUGGUGAUUACGUGCCCUGCAACGAGAUUCUUAAUUAC